AUGCCAGGCGUUUUUUUUUUUUUUUUUUGUCACACAAACGAUCUUUGUGUAACAGGAAGUUGGCAGCAGGUGCGCCGCAGAAUAAGAAGCUAACAGACGCGUUCGUUGCUUCCUUGCAGAUUGUUUACAUCUUUCAGCUGAAAUGAGUGCUGUUGUUCCAAAUCAUCGAAGGACCAAGCCUGGAGGCAUAAAGCCUGGAGCGGCGUCCAGUGGUGUGACCGGGCCGACCUCGCAGAUCCCCGGUCUGUCGCAGAGCGCCAACGAAAGCGCUCCUUUGGAGAGGGUCAGCGGACGGAGAGUUGGGAUUUUUGCCACGGACUCUGACUACGUCAAACUUGCAAAGCAGGGGGGACACAAAGGGCUGCUGAGCCAUGAUGUCGACGUUGAAGACAAACCAAAGAAACCAUACAACCCCUAUAACUGGUUCGGAGGCAAUGAGUCAAACAACGGCAGUAAGGCGAUGUCUCCUGACGGCGAGCUGAAGGGGGCGCUGCAGCCCCUGGCUGCACCGUUUGGCACUGAUAACAAUUCCUCCUGGGAAAGAGAGGCUGAUAGAUUUGUUCCUCUUAAAGAUAAGAUGUCUCCUGAUGGCGCUGCCAGUCAGAUGGAGGGUCUGUCCCUAACCAACAAAUACAAGAGAAUGUCUUACGAUAAGAAAGCGCCUCCUGUCAGCAUGUCCAAACUGCUGAGUCAUGGCUACAUGGAGGACAAGAAGAAGUCCCCCAAUGACGACGACGACGCCUCAAGUACGACCCGGGGGAGGGGAGGGACCGUUUAUAACGGCGAUAAAUGGUGUGACCUCAGAACAGACCAGCACCAUAGCAAACGAGGAUGUGGACGAUCUGGAGUAGAGCGGGCGGAUUCCGGUGCACAGGGAAGCAGGGGUCGUCUACAUACUGGACCCCCGCCCCCCUUUAUUGUGGAUUCAGUCGCAUUUGUUGUAUAUCCACUGACUGUUAAGUUUUGUACUCAUGUUUAUGCAGAUUUAAUCUCUUCUAUUUAUUUGCGUUCAUUUUUCUAAAACGGUUCACACAGGUUUUAUUGAGUAGACGUGUCGGUGCUCGUGUUUUUAUUUCUGUGUUAUGGUUCUGGAU